AUGAGUCGGAUGCACGGCUACGUCCUGGAGCGUGGCGCGCGCCUGACGGAGGUGCUGAAGCAGCGCCAGUUCAACCCCAUGCCCAUCGAGGAGCAGGUGGUGGUGGUGUACGCCGCAACAAAGGGCUACCUCGACAAGGUGUCCACGUCUGACAUCACCGCGGCCGAGGCCGCCAUCCUGAAGCACGUGGACCCCGCCAUCUACAAGGUGCUGCGCGCCAAGCAGAAGAUCACCCCCGAGCUCACCGCCCACCUGCACGCGCAGCUGUCCUCGGUGCCGCUGCCCGGCCAGUGA